ACACCCUAAAUGCUAGUUACCCAAUCAUUUACAGGUGUGUCCUCCCCUGGCUUUAGUCACCUGACCCUCAACAGCUCCCCUGGCUUCAUACACUAUUCCCCCUCAAUCUUUGUACCUCAACUCCAGCACACUGCCCCCUCCACUCUCCCCCCUUCCCGUGGCCCCCUCCUGUCCCCCCUCCCCAGGCUCAUCUUCCACCCUGGGGAUGACAGCUGGGGAGUUCCCUCAUGGGGGCCCUGGGAGGAUGCAACGAGGGACCCAGGGUUGUGUACUUCAUGGCUGCUACAAGGUCCUUUCUGUGUUGCUUCUGUUGGCUCAGGGAGCACUUCUUGACCUUUACCUCAUAGCUGGUACUGACCUUUAUUGGUGCUCUUGGAUAGCCACAGAUCUAGUGGUGGUAGCUGGCUGGGGCAUUUUCUACUACAAAAACAGCAAAGGGCAAAGGACAAACCAUGGGCCUCUCAAUCCCGCUGGGUAUGGUCAGGUGUACCACCACAAAAAGGGACAAUUUGCUUAUAGCCAUCUGGCUUGGCUUAUUUACUCCAUAGCCUUCACCCCUAAAGUGGCUCUCAUUCUGUGCACCCCAAUAGUGGAUCAGAUUGAUGCUGGGGUUCCCCUUGGAAGAAUGGGAUUAAGGCUUACAGUAUCUCUCUCCGUCCCCCUUCUCUGGGUAUUGGUCCGUUCACUAAGUACUGAUCCUAGAGGGUGGCUCCACCAGAGGGCUACUGGCUGUUUUCUGGCCUCAUGCCUAGAUCUACUUGACAGCUAUGCACUUUUGGAUCUUAUGCUGGAGGGGAGGCUGCCAAUGACCCCUCUUAUCCGAUAUUCUCUCCUGGCUGUAUAUUUUGUGACCCUAGCAUCACCAGUGUUAUGGUUGUCUGAGCUGGAUGCUGGAGCCCCAGCUGGUUGUUGCCGUCUAUUUUUUCGCCUACUUUUAGGGACUCUGGUGGAUGGUCCACUACUGGCUCUUCGUUGCUAUCUGAUGUUGGGUUCAGUUGGGCAGCUUGUGUCUGUAUUCAUCCUGAAGAAUGUCUUCUUCCUAAUAUGCCGUUGGUUGGAGGUGCUGGAGCUCUGCUGUCUCUUAAGGGCACCUGGACCCGAACAUGGAGAUCGACCGCCAGGUCAGUUUAGUCACUGCGUCUCCGAGAACGACAUGGGUCCUCAUGCAUAUGUGAAUACAUUGGCUGUGACUUCACAGAACUGAACUAUUGUCUGAUUUGUGUCCCAUUCAUUGGGUGCAUUGACACCU